UCUUACCUGCCGCGACGAACGUGAGAUUGAGCAGCAGUGCAAAUGAAAUGAGCACCGUCUGGCAAUAAUUUAUAUUGUUUGAGAGUUGAGGAGGAGAGUUUGCGAAUCGUGUUCAAGAACCGAGUUGCGGCCGCAGAAGUGGCCGAGGAGAAGAAGAGCCAACAGCAGGGACGACCAGCAUCAUCGCAUCAAUAUUUGCACAAACGGCGAAUUUCAGCGGCGCCUCAGCUCACAAUUCACGAGAUGAUUAAUUUGGUGACAGUUUUUCUUUUUAGCGCGCCAGCCGUGAUUUUAGGUGCCGCCUUGUCCGGCGACUUCCCUCGAGCACACAUGCGUCUGGAGCCCUUCAAGAACGACACCGGCCGCAUCGUGACCAGCCUCCUGAUGCUGCUGGGCAUCAAGAGCAACUCGACGGCCAGCACGGAGGACGACAGGGCACAGGUCAGCAACAGAAUCACGCCCGGCUGUGAUUUUUACCAGAACGUCGAGCCUGGAGACAAAUUCUACAUUUACUCGCCGAAUUAUCCAGACACGUUUGGUCCACACCUCACCUGUAGAUGGUAUGCUGUGGCACCAGUUGGAUGGAGGUUAGAAUUAGAGUGCCGAGAAAUUCAAUUAGACGAUGGCGAAUUCGGAGACGAAUCGUGUGAAGGAGGAGACGUCCUUUGGGUAUCCCUAUCAGGCGACUCUAGGCUCAGAGACGCUCACGGCUACUGCGGUGUUGGCAGUUUCCUCACUUUAAGCAACUCAAAUUUGCUCAACAUCGUAUUCCAAGCAGGCGCCCGCUACAAUCCUGGCAGCCGAUUUUUUUGCGAGCUCCGAAUUCGUCCUGCAGAUUCUGUGAGCACUGUUGCCCCUCCUGUGGUCACCAGCAGGCCACAGCCAUCAUGUUUGUGCGGACGGCGAUUCGUGAAUCGGAUCGUCGGCGGAAGUGAAACGGGAAUCAAUGAGUUCCCAAUGAUGGCAGGUCUGGUAGAUUUGGACUCGGCCAAAGUGAUUUGCGGCGCGACGAUAAUUUCUGCUAGAAGAGCUAUUACGGCAGCACAUUGCUUGGUCCAGCGAGCACCAAGUUCUGCCGUCCUGCUCGUUGGCGACCACGAUCUGAGCACAGGGACGGACACAAAUAAGGCCGCCGUGUUCAGGAUCCAGAGAUUCAUAGCGUUUCCCCAGUACAACACGGUCACGCAGAAAAACGACAUUGCAAUCAUCGAAACCAUCAGAGACAUGCCGUUCAACGUUGCUGUGAGUCCCGCGUGUUUGCCAUUUAGAUUUGAAGAAGAGGAAUUUGUGAAUGAAGAUGUCAUAGUUUUAGGUUGGGGCAACACUGCUUAUAAUGGUGAGCCAUCGUCGAGGCUUAAAAAGGUAGAGCUGGGGGUGGUGAGUGACGAGAUGUGCAGAAGCGCCUACCCAUCGGGCAACAACAUCGACAACACCCAAAUUUGCACGUUCAAAAAUGGCUCAGACGCUUGCCAAGCCGACUCGGGCGGACCUGUCUUGUGGACGGAUCCUGAAACCAGAAGGUUGCAUCUCGUUGGAAUCAUCAGUUAUGGGUUCAGAUGCGCCACUCACGCUCCUGGGGUCAACACCAGAGUCUCAAAAUACUUGGAUUGGAUUCAGCAAGUGACUGGUGACGACUUCUGCGUUGCAAAAUAAUGCAAACUUUUUUAUUUUUUAAUAAAUACGCAUUUGCAAAAUAAAGUCAUUUUACGUGCUUUUUAUUUAAUAUAAAUCAAUGUGACGCACCUAAAUGAGUUUUCAUAAUUCUUUAAAUUUUGGGCACAAAAAAAGUGAUUAUUGCAGCUUGUAAAUAUUUAACCAGGAUUUCACCGUUGUAAAUGAAAAUUUCUUUAGAACAAUCGUGAAAUAUCUGUGCAUAAUUAAAUACAAGUUAUCAGUUAUUAUGA